AUGUUUUCUAACAGCUUUCUAAAGUGGCCGAUGUUUGUCAAAUGUUUGAGCUUCUUCUGUUUGAAGCAUACAAGUUCGUCUCAGCGACAGUAUCCAACUGUGAUAGAAGAGCUAUGCCCGCAAUUUUCUCUUGCCGAUCUUAGCAAAUCAACGAACAACUUUGACGAAAACCAGAUAAUUGGACGUGGAGGCCUUGGUAUUGUGUAUAAAGGUUCUCUCCAAGACAAUUGUGUUACUGAUACAGUUGCAAUCAAGCGAAUAUGUGGGAGCACUGAGGAGGAACUUAAGCAGUUCAAGAACGAAAUUGAGUUGCUCUGCCAGCUUCGCCAUCCAAAUUUGAUGACUUUGUUAGGAUUUUGUGACCAAAAGGACGAGAAGAGUAUUGUAUAUGAGUACAUGGAGAAGGGAUCUCUCCAUGAUAUUCUAUAUUGUACUGAUAUUAAAAUGGAACCAUUAACAUGGAAGCAGAGGCUAAAGAUCUGCAUAGGAGUAGCAAAGGGACUACAUUACCUUCACACAGGUGUCAAGAGAACAAUAUUUCAUCGUGACAUAACGCCUUAUAAAAUUCUUUUGGAUAGCAACAUGGUGGCCAAACUCUCAGACUUCCGGCUUUCCUUAACAGCACCAAAUUAUGCAUCAAAGCAAAAACCAAAGACAAUAAUAUUAAAAGAUGGCUUUAUAGGUACAUUUGGGUACGUGGCUCCUGAGGUUUCAGCAAACAGUACAGUAACAGAAAAAAGCGAUGUUUACUCCUUUGGUGUAGUUCUACUGGAAGUGGUAUGCAAAGACAAGCUAAAAAAUGUUGAGAAGAGGCAGAAACACCCUGUUGAGGAGAAUAUUGAUCCAAAUAUCAAAGGAAGGAUUGCAUCAGAGAGUUGGGAAGUAUUUGUGGAUAUCACAGAGAGAUGCUUGAUGUUUGAUCCAAAUGACCGACCAUCAAUGGGUGAAGUGGAGGCUCAACUUGAGCUUGCUCUGUCACUGCAAGAAGAAGCAGAUAUAAAAAAUCCUUGUGAUGAUUAUACCUUAUUAUCUGUGACAAUUAUUAAUUAA